GUAACACGAACAUAUUUUCACCAACAUGAAUAAAAUAAAAAAAAAAUAAAAGGAAGAAGAAGAAAAAAAACGAAUUUCCUAUUCUGAUAAGAGAAUCGACGACAGCCACCGUUUAUCUCUCUUUUCUGAGUUUCGCUUCCGACUUCUCUGCCUUCCCCUCGUUCCUUCCCUCCUUCCCAAAUUUCUCUUUUCCGCGCUCGCUCCUCCAGAUUUCGAUUACGAUCGAUCGAUUCCCCCCUUUCCCUUCCCCCCGUAACCCUAGAAUCAGAAUUGCGUGGGCAGCAACCAUUUCCCCAAUCGGAGAAGACUUCUGCUGCCGCUCUAUUUCUCUUUGAUUUCAUUUCUGGUGUAGAGCUGUACAUGUCGUCGUUGUUCUUUGCCGGCGGCCUCAUCGUCCCCUGCUGCUGCUGCUCCAUAACUGCUUGCUAGCCACCCAUCAACAUCGACAUCGUCGCCAUGGCAGGGGCAGCUAGGAAGAAGGCAAUGGAGACAUUGGGGAAGGGCAUGACCGAGGAAGUGCAGAGGUGGGGUUGCAUGAAGCAGAACGGGGUGAGCUUGCGCUACAUGAUGGAAUUCGGUUCGAAGCCAACCCUCCGCAACCUCUUGAUCUCUGCUCAGUUCCUCCACAAGGAGUUGCCCAUUCGAAUCGCACGCCGCGUCAUGGACCUCGAGACCCUCCCUUACGGCCUCUCUCACAAGCCCGCCGUCCUCAAGGUGCGAGACUGGUACCUGGAUUCUUUCCGUGAUCUCAGAUCCUUCCCUGAGGUAAAGGACCCGAAUGAUGAGACAGAGUUCACGCAGAUGAUUAAAGCAAUUAAGGUGAGGCACAACAAUGUGGUUCCCAUGAUGGCCUUAGGCGUUCAGCAGUUGAAGAAAGGCUUGGACCCAAAUGUUGAUUACGACGGUCUUGAUGAAAUUCACGAGUUUCUAGAUCGGUUUUACAUGUCCCGAAUCGGUAUUCGUAUGCUGAUUGGGCAGCAUGUAGAGUUGCACAAUCCAAAUCCUCCUCUUCAUUGUGUGGGUUGUAUACAUACUAAGAUGUCUCCGCUUGAGGUUGCACGCAAUGCUAGUGAGGAUGCUCGUUCUGUUUGUUUCCGGGAGUAUGGCUGUGCUCCAGAUAUUAAAAUCUAUGGGGAUCCGAAUUUCACUUUCCCAUAUGUUCCUGCACAUUUGCAUCUUAUGGUAUUUGAGCUGGUCAAGAACUCGCUGCGGGCAGUACAAGAGCGUUAUCUCGACUCAGAUAAAGUAGCACCUCCUGUACGGAUAAUUGUUGCUGAUGGCAUAGAGGAUGUUACCAUAAAGGUCUCAGAUGAAGGAGGUGGCAUUCCGAGAAGUGGUCUUCCGAAAAUUUUCACUUACCUUUACAGCACAGCAAAAAACCCACUUGACGAGCAUGACGAUCUUGGAACUGCUGAUACAGCUACAAUGGCUGGAUACGGGUAUGGCAUUCCCAUCAGCCGCCUGUAUGCUCGGUAUUUCGGAGGCGAUCUUCAAAUUAUCUCUAUGGAAGGAUAUGGAACCGAUGCGUAUCUCCAUCUGUCUCGGUUGGGAGAUUCACAGGAACCCUUGCCUUGAAAGCGAGGCUUUGGGUGCAUAUAUUGUAGAGGGUUGAGAGAGAACCUCAUGUUGAAGAUCAGACAGCUCAUGAAGUGUAAUUUUUGAAUGGGGCUGUUGUAAUAAUCUGGCAUGUCAGCUUGUAAAUUCUUGAUGUGCCCUUGAGCUCCUGAUGGCUAAUUUUAGACGGUUGUUCGAUUCGUCUUGACGCGAUAUGAGCUUAAAGCUCAAUAGAAAUUGCUUGAUUAGCCAUUUGUGAACUUGUUGUGGGAUCGUCAUGCAGGAAUUAUGGCCAAUCAAGGAACUUGCACUGC